AUGUUGAGCUCGGCGAGCGCGGAUUCAGUGUGUGAGUCACCGGAUGACGACAAUAUCGGCGUUUGUGUCUUUUGUUUGACAGCGACAAAGCGCGUUUGCCAGAAAUGUGCUGACUAUUAUUGUUCGGUGGAGUGCCAGCAUAGAGACUGGCCGCGUCACCGUUAUAUCUGUUUUCCGAUGCCCAACUUGGUGCCUCCCAAGUGUAGUGAAGCAGACGUGCAUUGGAGUGGCAUGUUGGGAUCAUGCACACCAGUUAACGAGCGAACCGAACGCGGUAACCAUGAAGUAUUGAUGCCAGAGCCGAAUAGUCGUGUCUGGAUUACAAAUUUCCGCAAGUCGGAUAUUGUACAUGUGCGUCAAACCAGCAAAUCUCUCGAUAAGAAAUACCAAGAGGUUUGCGAGCAAAUCAACGAAUGGGGCAAAACAGCACCACCAGCAAAAAAUUUGUAUAGCAAGCAAAUUGUAUUGAUGCAGUAUUUUGAUCGCUAUUAUCGCGUUGAAGUAAUAUACAGAAAUGGGGACACUGUGCUUGUAAUAUUUAUUGACUCCGGGAAAUUCUUCUGGACAACCUACAAUAGCUUGUUUGAGAUGCCGUUGGAAGGACACCAACUCCCAUUUUUUUGUACACAAGCGCAACUGAUGAAUGUGCCAUAUUUUAGUGGAAACUUGCAAAUCACUGAAUUUCUGAGGAUGUGUCAGAAACAUGAAUACAUCAUUACCUAUCUGGACGGUGAACAAUCUGUGGAGUUGCUGUAUGCAGAGACGGGAAAGUCAUUGAACUCUGAAAUAAAUGAAGUAUUCUGUGACUUCCCAACUAUCCAUCGAACGACAGCACUAUCCUCAGACUAA